AUGGCUCCAAGAUUGGAUUUUUCGAGUUGGUGGGUGAAGGAUACACAGAAAGGGACACCGGUGGUGGUGAAAAUGGAGAACCCGAAUUUCUCUGUUGUGGAGAUUAAUGGUGCAGAUGCUGCAUUUAGGCCGGUGGAGAAGAAUCGUGGCAAGAAUGCUAGACAAGUUACAUGGGUUUUGCUUCUCAAGGCUCAUCGUGCGGUUGGUUGUGUUACUUGGUUAGUGACUGUUGUUUGGGAUUUGCUUGGAGGUAUUAAGAAAAGGGUGAUUCAGAGACAAGGGGUGGCUGUUGAAAAAGGGAAGCUGUUGUUUAGGAUGAUUAGUUUGUUUUUAGUGAUUUCUUUGGCUGUUUUGGCUUUUGAGGUUGUUGCUUACCUUCAAGGUUGGCAUUUUGGGAAUCAUAAUUUGCACAUUCCUCAUAGUUCUGAUUUCGAAAGGUUGUUCCAUGUGGCUUAUGUUGCUUGGUUAACUUUCCGUGCGGAAUACAUUGCUCCACCAAUUCAGGCUCUUUCCAAGUUUUGUAUUGUUUUGUUUGUUAUCCAAUCUGUUGACCGGAUGCUUCUUUGUUUGGGGUGCUUUUGGAUCAAACUCAGGAAGGUUAAGCCAAGAAUUAGUGGGGACCCCUUCAAGGUUGAUGAUGUUGAAGGAUCGGUGUGCAAUUAUCCAAUGGUUUUGGUUCAAAUUCCAAUGUGCAAUGAGAGGGAGGUGUACGAGCAAUCUAUUUCUGCAGUCUGCCAAAUCGACUGGCCAAGGGAUCGUUUACUGAUUCAAGUACUAGACGAUUCUGAUGACGAGAGCAUACAAUGGUUAAUUAAGGCUGAGGUCUCUAAGUGGAACCAAAAGGGAAUCAACAUAAUCUAUCGGCAUCGCCUAAUCAGGACGGGAUACAAAGCUGGAAAUCUUAAUUCUGCAAUGAGCUGUGACUAUGUGAAAGACUAUGAAUUUGUUGCAAUAUUUGAUGCAGACUUUCAACCAAAUCCUGAUUUUCUUAAGCAAACUGUGCCACAUUUCAAGGACAAUCCUGAACUAGGUUUGGUCCAAGCUAGAUGGUCUUAUGUUAACAAGGAUGAGAAUUUGUUGACUCGUCUUCAAAACAUAAAUUUAUGCUUCCAUUUUGAAGUAGAGCAGCAGGUCAACGGUGUGUUUCUUAAUUUUUUUGGUUUCAAUGGAACUGCUGGUGUUUGGAGAAUCAAAGCCCUAGAAGAGUCUGGAGGCUGGCUAGAGAGGACAACGGUAGAAGAUAUGGACAUUGCUGUCCGAGCUCAUCUCAAUGGUUGGAAAUUUAUCUUCCUAAAUGAUGUAAAGGUACUUUGUGAAGUUCCUGAGUCAUAUGAAGCUUACAGAAAGCAACAACACCGCUGGCAUUCAGGGCCUAUGCAACUUUUCCGGCUGUGUCUCCCAGCAAUUUUGAAAUCUAAGGUAUCACCAUGGAAGAAAGCAAACUUAAUUCUGCUAUUUUUUCUGCUAAGGAAAUUAAUCCUUCCCUUUUACUCGUUCACUUUAUUUUGCAUAAUCCUUCCUUUAACCAUGUUUGUCCCAGAGGCUGAACUCCCUUUAUGGUUGAUCUGCUAUGUUCCUGUAUUCAUGUCAAUCCUUAACAUUCUUCCUGCACCUAAAUCUUUUCCUUUUAUUGUUCCCUACCUCCUUUUUGAAAACACCAUGUCUGUUACUAAAUUCAAUGCAAUGGUAUCUGGUCUUUUCCAAUUGGGAAGCUCUUAUGAAUGGAUUGUCACAAAGAAAGCUGGAAGGUCAUCGGAGUCCGAUUUACUUGCUGCUGCAGAAAGGGAAACUAAGUCAAUAGAACAACAAAAGAUCCAUAGAGGAGCUUCUGACAGCGAACUUGUUGAGUUACACCAAUUGAAGGAACUCAAAGAAGCAGCUGUAGAACCAGUUAAGAAAGUUAAUAAGAUAUAUAAGAAAGAACUGACUUUGGCAUUCCUUCUUCUCACUGCUUCUGUCAGAAGUCUGCUAUCUGCACAAGGAGUUCAUUUCUACUUUCUGCUUUUCCAAGGGAUAACUUUCCUCCUCGUAGGCCUUGAUUUGAUUGGAGAACAAAUGAGCUAG